AAUCCGGCGUGGAAGAAGGGCGAGGGGGCAUGUUGGCAGCCAAUUGGAGAGCCCGACCCCUUGAUGUGGGACGGCCACCUGGAUCCCCCCCACCCAUAAAAAUGACCUGUGUGGUGGGGCCGACCCAAAGGCUGUUACUCGGUCGAGAGAGGCGGUGAUCGCAACCUCCUUGCUUCCUGCAUCUUCAGCCCACUUCAGCUUGGUAAUUCGCCUUAACUUUGGCCCGUGACGCCUCAGACUGCUUCUGUCCUUUUAGUUGUGGAAUAGCUUCCUUGGAUGCUGCUGAGUUGGAUCAUAUUCUUGAAGAAGGACAAUGGAUGCAGCAGGGCUCACUCAGGUGACCCAGGGUGAGGUGUGGGAACUGAAGGUGGGAGAACCUCAAAAAACUGGGGAGGGGCAAUCUGGAAGUUACCAAAUCCAUCAGGGCUCAGUGUUGUUUGAAGAUGUGGUAAUAUAUUUCACGAAGGCAGAAUGGGCUCUGCUGGAUCUGAAGCAAAGAGCCCUCUAUCGAAGCGUUAUGCAGGAAAAUUACAACAAUGUGGGAUUUCUAGAUGACAGUUGUAAGAGCAAAGAGGAAGAGAGUCUUCUUCAACCAGAAGCUUCUGCCCUGGAGGAAAGGAACCGGGUUUCAUCUCCACCAGCUGAAAGGGAGCUCCUCUGCUUCCGUCAAAGAAGAAGGAGUCCUGUGACUCAGCACAGACCCAAAAGACAGGGCCUAACAGAAGCUGCUCCUAGUGAUCCUGGUGAAGCUGUCAUCCAAGAGGAGGAUCCCCAGGACAGGGGAGCAAAAGCAUGUGCAGAGCAAAGGGAAAGAUGUGCAUCCAAAGCUGCAAGCAAUAAAGAGGGGAGAGAGAAGAAGGGAAACGAAAAUUCUCCACUGAGACAUUCAGGAGGGUCCUUGAUGCAGCCUUGCAAAGAAAAAGCUUUUCUCCAUAGAAAGAAAGAAAGUUUGAAGAGAUGUCGUAGACCAGAGAUAACUCAAACAGAGCAAGCUCCAAAAAAAACGAUUUCUUGUGAGAAAAACGAGAAUCCCAUUAAAGGAGUCCAAGUCAGAGGAAAGAGUCACGGGGAUGCGCCAAAAAAGAUGCAUUCGGAAGAAGCAGAAUCCUCUUCCGAAACCAGCGAAAUGGCCUGUUCAGCAGCACCCCCAUUCAAAUGUUUUGACUGUGGGAAAAUCUGCGCUUAUAAAGGUGUAUUUAUUAUCCACCUAAGAACUCACACUGGGGAAAAGCCAUUUCCGUGUUCAAUUUGCAAGCAAAAAUUUGCUUCUAAAUCAACUCUUGUAAGACACGAGAAAAUCCAUGGAGGAGAGAAACCCCAUUUGUGUUUGAUUUGUGGGAAAAGCUUCUAUUUCAGGAAUUUUCUUCGAAAACACGAAAAGAUCCAUUCGGGAGAGAAACCCUUUCAGUGUACAACUUGUGGGAAAAGGUUCGGCAGCAGAGCGCAUUUUACCAGGCAUGAAAACACGCAUUUAGGGUUGAAGUUGUUUACCUGUUUGUACUGCGAGAAAAGAUUUGGAACUCGAGAACGGCUUGUAGAACAUGAGAGAAUCCACACAGGGGAGAAACCUUACAAAUGCUCAGAUUGUGGGAGAAGUUUCAACUGUUCGUCAAACUUUAUCCGGCACAAGAAAAUUCAUGGAGGAGAAAAACCGUAUACGUGUCCAGAUUGUGGGAAAAACUUUAGGACCACUUCAAGCUUUAAACUUCAUGAGCGAAUCCACACUGGUGAGAAACCUUAUGAGUGUUCUGACUGCGGGAACAGGUUCAGUAGCCAUGCUGCCUUUCGAGGCCACAAGAUAACCCACACAGAAGAAAAGCCAUAUAAAUGCCUCGAAUGUGGCAAAUGUUUAAAGUACAAAGUCUCCUUAAUUAAUCACCAGAAGGUGCAUAAAUAUAAAUGCUCUGACUGUGAUGAAAGUUUUAGUCAAAGCUCACUCCUUGAACGACACAGAAGAAAACAUACUGGUGAGAAACCAUUCAAGUGUUCUUACUGUGAGAAAAGCUUUAAUCGUACGUCAUUGCUGGUGGUACACCAGAGGAGUCACACAGGGGAAAAACCGUACAAAUGCCCAGAAUGCGGGAAAGGUUUUGUAACGAAAUAUAAAGUUUUCCGACAUGAGACCAUCCACUUUAGAGAAAAGAGUUCUUAUCUCACUAGCCCCAAAGCAGUCCCUGCUCGAAAGAAACGGUUCAAAUGCUCCCAUUGUGAGAAGAGUUUUGUGCAGAGAUCACGGUGCCUCGAUCAUGAACUGUCCCAUCAGGAAAAGAGGUUUUGGGAUUGUUCAGAAUGUGGGAAAGGUUACACCACGCUUUGGUCUUUAUGGCAGCAUCAGAAGAUUCACACGGGAAAGAAUUCGUAUAAAUGCUCUGAAUACAAGAAGACCUUCUCCAACAACUCAUUUCUCCAGUUCCAUCAAAGAAACCACUCUGAAGAAACACCGUAUACGUGCUGGGAUUGUGGGAAGGAUUUUCGGUACUUGUCAGGCCUUAGAGUACAUGAAAGAAGCCAUACAGGAGAGAAGCCAUUUAAAUGCUUGGACUGUGGGGAAAGGUUUUUCAAUGGUCCAGGACUGAGAAGUCAUCAAAGGUCUCACCUGGAGGAGGAACCAUAUAAAUGCUUGACCUGCAAGACAGGCUUUAAAGACUAUUUGUCUCUUAGGAGACAUAAACAAAUCCAUAAGCACACUAAAACAUUUCAGUGUUCGGCAUGUGGGAAAAGCUUCAAAAGUAGAACGCAUCUGAUUGGACAUGAAAAAAGCUUACAGUGCCAGGGAAAGGGGGAGAUUGGAAAAGCCAGUGACUCUACAAAAAGAAGUGUUGGCAGAGAAUUGCGUUCUCAGGACCACUGCUAACAAUUGAACUAUUAAUCUGCCACCAAAAAUAUUGGCAGGGAAAGUAGAUUGGCAGAUCAGAGAGGUGAAAAGCUAAAGAUGCCCUGGGUCUGCAGGAGUCUUUCUGUGGAAACGUAAAAGCUAGUCCCAGUAAAAGCACGUGGGGACAGUUUGGAUGCUGACACUGUUUCUGGAUUUACUAAUUCAUUGUAAUUCUGAAAAGUAGGUUGUUUUUUUUUAAAGGACAGGUGGAUGUUGACUGAAACAUCCCUGAAUUUGAAUGAAGAUUUUUUGAACUCUCAGAGCAUUGGAGGAGGUAGAUAAAGCCUGAUUUAGGAUGUCAUUCACUGUCGGAAUGGCAGUGGAAUAAUAAAUCAAACCAUGGCUUUCAUAAAAUCUCGCAUUUGUUGCCCUCCUGGUUUGUUUUUAAGCAAAAUUUUAUUUUAUGGUAAACCACCCAGAGUCACUCACUGAGUGAGAUGGGCGGUGACUAAAU